AUGUUGAAAAUUAAACUUGAAAAUGAUGAAACAGAACAACACUCCUUUGAAGUCAUUGCACCCAAACCGUUAAAUGUGCAGUUCAAAAACAAUGAAAUUUCUACAACAGAGGAGUAUUUGAUAAAGAAUAAGGUCGACAAUACUUAUGUCUGCAAUAACGACGAUUUGAAUGUCAAAUUUGAAAAAGAAUGCUUCAAUGAUUGUGUUUUCGAAUCAGAUAUUGAAAUCGUAAGGCAUGAACUGUUUGAUGCUGAAAAAGAGCUAACACCGUUGUAUGACUGCAAUUACUGCCAAAAAUCGUUUAAGACAAAACGACGAAUUAAAAACCAUAUUUUAAGUAUUCAUUAUCCUUGUAACGAGAUCGACACUUCAAAUUUUACAAACUAUUUGGAUUACUAUACUCGAAACAAAGAUGUCCUAUUUAAUUGUGGUAUUUGUUUAAAAAGUUUUACAUCAAAAUUAUCCCUGAGAAGACAUUGGCGGAUUCAUACUGACGAAAAGCCCUUUAAGUGCGAUGUCUGUGCAAAGACAUUCUGUCAACAAUCUACCCUCAAAACUCAUGCACGUAUACAUACCGGAGAGAAACCUUUUAGAUGCAAUUUCUGUGAAAAAUGUUUAAUACACAAUCUUACCUCAAAACUCAUAAAAGGAUGCAUACCGGAGAGAAACCUUUUAAAUGCAAUGUGUGUGAAAGAAAAUUCAGUCAACAGUCUUCUCUCAAGACUCAUGAGAGAACACAUACCGGAGAAACAUUUUUUAGAUGCGAUGUCUGAUACAUACCGUGAGAAACCAUUUAGAUGCGAUUUCUGUGCAAAGACAUUCUGUCAACAAUGUGAUCUCAAGAAACAUGAAAGGAUACAUACCGGUGAAAACCAUUUAGAUGCGAUUUCUGUGCAAAGACAUUCUGUCAACAAUCUACCCUCAAAACUCAUGCACGAUGCAUACCGGAGAGAAACCUUUAAAUGCAAUGUGUGUGAAAGAAAAUUCAGUCAACAGUCUUCUCUCAAGACUCAUGAGAGAACACAUACCGGAGAAACACUUUUUAGAUGCGAUGUCUGUGAAAAAAAAUUCAGUCAAAAAUCUAAUCUCAAAAAACAUGAAAGGAUACAUACCGGUGAGAAACCAUUUAGAUGCGAUUUCUGUGCAAAGACAUUCUGUCUACAAUGUGAUCUCAAGAAACAUGAAAGGAUACAUACCGGUGAGAAACCGUUUAAGUGCGAUGUGUGUGAAAAAAAAUUCAGUCAAAAAUCUACCCUCAAAACUCAUGAACGCAUACAUAUUGGUGGGGUACGUUAUGAAUGCUCCGUCUGUAAAAAAUCGUAUGGUCACCAAAAUACUCUAAAAAGGCAUCAAGCAAAAGCACACGACUAAAACUUGAAAAUGAUGAAACAUUUCUUACUCAGAUUUUUCGUAAUAAGCUUUUAAUCGUUGUUUUAACUUCAGAUGAAUUUGUAAAAAAUAACUUUUUACUUGCUCGAGUUAAUUUUUUUAUAACUUAAGAAUGUAGCUAAUACAACUUUAAGUAGUUAAAAACAAGCAUCUUUGCCAAUCAGUGCCUAGUAAUAAACAGGCAAAAAGCAGCGAAAACAAAGAAAGAAAUGUUUUUAAUUAAAUUUAAAAAUUUUAAUGUUUUGUCGGUUAAGUUAAAACCUUCUUCCUUUUUAAUAUCUCACAGUUUGUCAAUACACCACCAUUAUUCUAUUAAAUUUAAAUUAAGUUUUUAUUUAGAAAAAUGUAUUAUUAAAUACUACUUGAGAAAUAAUUUAACUUCAAAAAUAAGAACUGACAAUUUAAUUUUAACUUUAAUAAUAUAUUUUAAAUGUUAAAACAAGAAUGUAUGAAAAAUGGAUAAUGUAUAGUAUUAAAUAGAUACAUUUAAUAAAUACUUUACU